GGUUAUAAGGGCUGCCGAGGGCUGAGAGAAGCCUCACUGCCAACAUGAGGAUCCUUCUGCUUUUCGGAUUGGUGGCUGUUGCCCUGACUGAUGUCACACGCUUCGAGGGAGAGAAAGUCUUCCGUCUGAAGCCCACACUUGAUGAGCAUGUGACCCUCAUUAAGGACCUGGCCAAGAGCAUUGAGCUCGACUUCUGGAAACCCGAGAGCCCUGAGCUGGUGACCAUCGACAUCGAGGUGGAUAUCCAUGUGCCCGCCAUCUACCUCGAUAUGGUGUACACCAUGCUGCAGCAGAGCGACAUGCAGAGCGAGGUCCUUAUUGAGGAUCUGCAGAAGGCCGUUGAUGGCCAGGCUGAUGGUGGACAAUCUCCCAGAACCCACAGCUACACCAAGUACAACACCUGGGACAAAAUCCAGUCCUGGAUCGCCUCCAUGGCUUCCUCCAAUUCUAAUCUGAUCAGCAAGCAGGUGAUCGGAAACACCUACGAGGGACGCGCCAUGACUCUCCUCAAGCUUGGAAAGAAGUCCAGCUCCACCAAGCCCGCUAUCUUCAUGGACUGUGGUAUCCAUGCCAGAGAGUGGAUCUCUCCCGCUUUCUGCCAGUGGUUCGUCAAGGAGGCUCUCUCCACCUACGGCAGCGACUCUCAGAUGACCAGCCUGCUCGACCAGAUGGACGUCUAUGUUCUGCCCGUCUUAAACAUCGACGGCUACGACUACACCCACAAGAGCAACAGGAUGUGGAGGAAGACUCGCUCCAGGAAAUCUGGAUCCAGCUGCGUUGGAGCUGAUCCCAACAGGAACUUUGACGCUGGCUGGUGCUCCAUGGGAGCCUCCUCAAACCCCUGCAGCGACACCUUCUGCGGUUACUCCCCCGAGUCUGAGAUCGAGGCCAAGAACGUCGCCAACUUCAUCCGCAGGAACAAGUCCACGAUCAAGGCCUACCUCACCGUCCACUCCUACUCCCAGCUGCUGCUCUUCCCUUACUCCUACACCUACUCCCUGGCUGCUGACCACAGCGAGCUGCUGAAGGUUGCUGAGGGAGCUUCUUCUGCUCUGCGCAGUCUGUACGGUACCCGCUACACCAGUGGACCCGGUGCUACGACCAUCUACCCCGCCGCCGGAGGCUCCGACGACUGGGCCUACGACCUGGGAGUGAAGUACUCCUACACCUUUGAGCUGCGUGACACCGGUCGUUACGGCUUCCUGCUGCCCGAGUCUCAGAUCAAGCCCACGUGCGAGGAGACCAUGCUGGCCGUCAAGUACAUCGCCGCCCACGUGCAGAAGAACCUCUAUUAAGGAGCCCCGAACUGCCAGGACCCCCGCCAACUCAGCCCCCCAGCCCCUCCAAUCUCUCAGCCUUCUCAAGGCCGUAACCAUGGAUACGGGCAACCACCCGCCAUGUUUCCUCGCUGUGUUUGACAGAAUGUCAAGAUGAGUGCAAACAAUAAAAUCAAUGAACCAUCCCCGCA